ACGAAGUCUUCCGCGUACGCUGGUCCUCGUUGGGCAUGGGAUUAAAACAAUAAAAAAUGUGCUUUUGUAUGCUGUCAACAGGUUUUUCCUUCAGCGAUGGUAUUAUAAGGCAUGGCAAGAUUGGCAGCUUACUACCAAGAGGAUUUUCACUACACUCCUUUCGGUUAUGGCCCUAAGCAGAGAAAGACAUAUGCCGUCUACGAGGAACCGAAGUUUAACAACCACUUUCAUAAUGGAUACAGGUUGAGAGAAUUAGCAGCAUCCGAUCCAGCCUUGUCCCCAAGUACGCCGUAUCUGUCAAAUGCGGGGACAAUGACUUUGAAGCAGAAAUCCUAUCCUUAUGAGUCUCAGUUCGGUAGAAAUUCACAAGCUCCUAUCAUAGAGCAUGCAUAUGAAAACAUAAAUUUUAUUAAUUCUACUGUUCAUCCUGAUGCCUAUGAAAACGGAUCUAUGUAUCCUCACGACGGGUAUGUUUUGCUGGAAAAUCACUAUCCAUCGCUUGUGAGGUCUCAGUGCAAAAACAAAAUUAAUAAAAGACUCUCUUAUAGUGAGACAUGGGACGAUAAUUUGCAAUCUCCAAAGAACUAUAUUCCUCGGACAAUAAACAAGUAUGAAUCUCAAAAAGCUUUAAAAGGAUUCGAUCCUUACCGCGAGGAAUAUUUUCCUGCUAACCAUGCCUAUGUUGAACGCACAGAACAGAAUUAUAAUUCACCUGUUUCAUAUCGCGAUGAUUCCAAUCAUGGGAAAUGGCAACAGUGGCACUGGGCUUCCCCAGAAACUUACACAAAUCCCGCGUUGCUGUCACCACCAUCACCUCUAGAUUCUGGUCUAAGUUCUCAAUCAAUUACAUCGAGUCCCAGUCUAGAAGCUGAACCUUUGUCGAUGCAUUCGGGAUCCAUAUCAGUUUCCGAAUUGGAUAGGCGUCACACAUGCUGCUGUGUAGAGAAUUUUCCGCCGGACAAUCGACUUGUGUUACCUGCGCGUAUGGUAGCCAGUGGUAGGAAUUCACCAGGGGCUUAUUCUACUAUGUCAACGCACAAGAAAGUUGUCAAAAAAGUUAGCGAAAAGUGUUUCAAUAAUGAAAUAAAUAACGGGUAUCAUAAUGGACAUGUUCGGUAUGGAAUGAUGGGGAUUAUAGGAGAGCACUCAGACAGCGAUCAAACCAUAAAGCCUGUUGUACCAAAGAGAUCAAAGCAUCAACCUCAUAAACUAAAUCGUUCUUCUUCUAGUUGUUGUGAUCACUCCCGCAAACCAAAUUCAAGAUAUGAACCACAAACAACGAAAUCAUACAAAGUUUCAUCUGAUUACACUAAGCCUUGUGUGGUAAUAACAGAAGCUUCAGAUAAAAGCACUUCUAGCGCUUCCUCUCCAGAUCAAGACCAUUCGGACAAAAGCCCCGAGCCAGAAUCUUCAGUUAGUUUAGCAGUAUCAACUUCAACCUCUAACUCAUCAUCUGUGGCGUCUAGCAAUAACGAACUGAAUAAGGAAUCUGAACUAAGGAAAUCAAAGAGAGCGAUGGCGAAGGAAAUUCGAGAACUGGAGGACAUGUACAAAAAGUGUAAUUUAGGUGACUACGAACUGCUCGAGAGGGCAGAACGAAGGGAUCUUCCCACGCCUCAUCAAAUGAAGAUAGCCCACACGAACACUAGUAACCUAACUCGCAGCAAAAGUGAUACCUUUUACGAAAUGUUAGGGCCUAGUUACCGCAAUCCCUAUGAAAACCAUCAACGAACGCCACCUGUCAGACGAUCCGGAAUACCCGAUUUAAUAGCAGACGAUAUGGCCCUCAGGAAGCAUUAUAAACCCACAACCACUGCCUCCUUUAAUCCCGUUGAGAAGUCUAUCACGUAUAUGCUUUGUUCAUCUCAUUUCACCCCAACAGUACCUGCUGGCAGAGAUAUUCUUUUCGAGAACUAUCCAGAUGUAGAAUACGAUGACUUGUCUUAUCGCAGGCAUUACUUCGGCAAGAAAAGUAAAAUUCCCGAUAAACAGCCACCUUUUGGGAUUCCGUUGAGACCCCCACCUCCACAGCUAGUAUACACAGAUUAUUUGCACGCCCCUGUACCGGCUGCUGAACUCCAACCCCUUUGUCAUCCUCGUGGAAAUCCUGAUGUCGUCCGAGACGACUUGGCGUUCCGGAAUCUUAGAAAGGAUGAACCUGAAAGGUUGUAUUAUGAUAUAUCCCAAUUCUAUAAGAAGAAGAGGGGAUAGGAUAUAAUAUCUCUUUACUACUAAUGUUGGGCAAACGUUUUUUUUUUACUGAAUUUUAUAUCGCCAUUUGAAUUGUUUAAAACUCAAACUUUCCUACAGCUGGGGUUAACCUACCCUGACGUCGUCGUAAUGCUCUGAUUAGGAUCUCGGUAGCCUUUACCAAUGCUGCCAGGUUAGGUUUGCCCCAACUAUUGUUGACAUAUAAGGAAAAGAAUUAUUAUCAUGGUUUUUCAAAAUUUGAAACUCAUUUCAAUACCUUGUUUACAAAAGGGAACAUUUUAUUAAAUGCAGCUGAAUCUCAUUACUAAAAAUGCACUUGUAAUACAAGGUUCGUAGUCACCUAUACUUCGUUCACGGGAAAGAUAAACUAGACGUAAACAAAGAAAUGCGCCAUUUGGUGAUGCCUAUCAAGUGUUUGGCUGGCACAAAAACAAAUUAGUGCUAAUCAGACGGUUGUAACUAUUGUAAUUUACUUAAUUUCACUUCCUUUUCCCUAAAUAUGCUAUUUUAGGAUAUAUUAACUUUGUUAAAUUUCAAUAGAAUGAUUUCGAUUUUUUCUAAAUUCCUGGCCAAUUUAAGAAAGCUGUAAGCUGGCUUUAUACGCUACAUCACUGAGCUCGUAUUAUUCGGCUGCCUUCAAAAAUGGGGAAAAACGCUUUGCAGCACUAGCUGUACAUGAUAGAUAGAUAUCGAUUUGUUCAGACAAUGUAAAAAUUUGGUCCUGCUCAUCUACAAAAAGUUUCGGUUUUAACAAAAAUCGUAUAAAAAGUUUGGAUUUCAAAGUCUCUGAAAUUUGCAGCAUAUACUGAUGUUUUAUGUUGUGAUUAAAGGAAAGGACACAAACGCGCUAAACCUCGAAAUGAAGUAAAUUUUAAUGAUUGAAAAAAUGUCAAAUAUUACGUAAGUUCCUUUAUGUGAAUAACAUCAGAAAUACCUUUUGAAAGAAUUUACAAGCGUUUUAGUAUUUCAAGAUUUGAAUGUAAGAAUUAAAUGGAUUGGGCCGCGUUACUAGUCAAAAAAGGAACUUCUAUCAAAACAUCGCAGUUUAAAGUGUUUUCUUCCAAAAUAAAGAUAUUGUACAAUUAUGUUUCAUGUAUGUUAUGUUUUUAUGCGUAAGUGUAUAAAUAAAUAUUUUAAGAACUG